CAACAUAAAUUGUCUAUGAAAUAAACGUCAUUGACAGAUGGCACUUGGCAGGUACAUCCGGCCCACGAAGUAGAAAAAGUGUCCUUUUUAACGCGUACGCCAUUGCGGGCGUAUGGUGGUGUAUUAUAUUGAAAGAAAUAUCAUAAACCAUCCAAUAUGGUGAAUUUUACGGUGGACGAGAUCCGUCAGAUGAUGGACAAGAAGCGGAACAUCCGCAACAUGUCCGUCAUAGCGCACGUCGACCACGGCAAGUCCACGCUCACGGACUCGCUGGUCUCCAAAGCCGGUAUCAUCGCCAACGCGCGAGCCGGUGAGACUCGCUUUACAGACACCCGCAAGGACGAACAGGACAGAUGUAUUACCAUUAAAUCCACUGCCAUAUCUAUGUACUUUGAACUGGAGGAGAAGGAUUUAGUAUUCAUCACAAAUGCAGACCAGCGUGAGAAGAGUGAAAAGGGUUUCUUGAUCAACCUCAUAGACUCGCCCGGGCACGUUGACUUCUCUUCGGAAGUAACAGCUGCUCUCCGUGUCACUGAUGGAGCCUUGGUGGUGGUGGACUGUGUGUCGGGUGUCUGUGUGCAAACGGAGACAGUGCUGCGUCAGGCCAUCGCUGAGCGCAUCAAGCCCAUCCUGUUCAUGAACAAGAUGGACCGCGCUCUGCUGGAGCUGCAACUGGAGUCAGAGGAGCUGUACCAGACCUUCCAGCGCAUUGUGGAGAAUGUCAACGUCAUCAUCGCCACAUACUCUGAUGACAGCGGACCCAUGGGCGAGGUGCGCGUGGACCCCAGCAAGGGUUCCGUGGGCUUCGGCUCGGGCCUGCACGGCUGGGCCUUCACGCUCAAGCAGUUCGCUGAGAUGUACGCCGACAAGUUCAAGAUCGACCUCGUCAAACUCAUGAACAGGCUCUGGGGAGAGAACUUCUUCAACGCGCAGACCAAGAAGUGGUCCAAGCAGAAGGACAACGAGAACAAGCGCUCGUUCUGCAUGUACGUGCUGGACCCCAUCUACAAGGUGUUCGACGCCAUCAUGAACUUCAAGAAGGACGAAAUCGAGAGCCUGCUGAAGAAGCUCGGCGUCACCAUCAAGCACGAGGACGCCGACAAGGACGGCAAGGCGUUGCUCAAAGUGGUAAUGCGAACAUGGCUGCCGGCGGGAGAGGCGCUCUUGCAGAUGAUAGCCAUCCACCUUCCAUCCCCCGUGGUCGCGCAGAAGUAUCGUAUGGAGAUGUUGUACGAGGGACCACACGACGACGAAGCUGCUAUUGGUAUCAAGACCUGCGACCCUGAAGCACCACUUAUGAUGUACGUGAGCAAGAUGGUGCCGACGUCGGACAAGGGGCGAUUCUACGCGUUCGGACGCGUGUUCUCCGGCAAGGUCAUCACCGGCCAGAAGGCGCGCAUCAUGGGUCCCAACUACCAGCCCGGCAAGAGAGAGGACGUGUAUGAGAAGACCAUCCAGCGUACCAUCCUGAUGAUGGGGCGCUACGUGGAGGCCAUCGAGGACGUGCCGUCGGGCAACAUCUGCGGGCUGGUGGGCGUCGACCAGUUCCUCGUCAAGACCGGCACCAUCACCACCUUCAAGAACGCGCACAACAUGAAGGUCAUGAAGUUCAGCGUGUCGCCUGUCGUGCGCGUGGCCGUGGAGCCCAAGAACCCCGCCGACCUUCCCAAGCUGGUGGAGGGGCUCAAGCGUCUCGCCAAGUCCGACCCCAUGGUGCAGUGCAUCAACGAGGAGUCGGGCGAGCACAUCGUGGCCGGCGCUGGGGAGCUGCAUCUUGAGAUCUGUCUCAAGGAUUUGGAAGAGGACCACGCAUGCAUCCCCAUCAAGAAGUCUGACCCCGUGGUGUCGUACCGCGAGACAGUGAGCCAGGAGUCCAACCAGAUGUGCCUGUCCAAGUCGCCCAACAAGCACAACCGUCUCUUCAUGAAGGCCACGCCCAUGCCCGACGGCCUGCCUGAGGACAUCGACGAUGGCAAAGUGAACCCGCGUGACGACUUCAAGACGCGCGCCCGUUACUUGGGAGAGAAGUACGAGUAUGACGUGACUGAAGCGCGUAAGAUCUGGUGCUUCGGCCCCGAGGGCACGGGCCCCAACAUCCUCGUGGACUGCUCCAAGGGAGUGCAGUACUUGAACGAGAUCAAGGACUCCGUGGUCGCCGGCUUCCAGUGGGCGGCCAAGGAGGGAGUCAUGGCUGAGGAGAACUUGAGAGGAGUUCGCUUCAACAUCUAUGAUGUUACGCUGCAUACGGACGCUAUCCAUAGAGGUGGCGGUCAAAUCAUUCCAACGACCAGGAGAUGUCUAUACGCGUGCCUGCUGACGGCCGCGCCCCGCCUCAUGGAGCCCGUGUAUCUGUGCGAGAUCCAGUGCCCCGAGGUGGCGGUGGGCGGCAUCUACGGCGUGCUGAACCGGCGGCGCGGCCACGUGUUCGAGGAGUCGCAGGUGGCCGGCACGCCCAUGUUCGUGGUGAAGGCGUACCUGCCCGUCAACGAGUCGUUCGGCUUCACGGCCGACCUGCGCUCCAACACGGGCGGCCAGGCCUUCCCGCAGUGCGUGUUCGACCACUGGCAGGUGCUGCCCGGCGACCCGUGCGAGCCCGGCACCAAGCCCUACGCCGUCGUUCAGGAAACGAGAAAACGGAAAGGAUUGAAGGAGGGUCUCCCAGAUCUAGCGCAAUACUUGGACAAGUUGUAGACGCCGUAGCCAAUGCAAUCAAUAUUGUAAUAUAUGUAACAAUACGCGCCGCGCUUCACGCCAUUGUUUGUCAUCGUUUUGGUUCAAAGACACCAUUUGUUUUGCCUCAGUUUGUACGAGCGAGAGAUCUUUUAAUAAAACACUAAACUAAUUUACAAGAUGAAUUGUUACUGACCAGAUGUGAUACUCGGCUGUAUGAGAUAUGCUAAGAUCCCGUCUCCGCAUCAUUGUUAUCAUCGAGUGUAGUGGGAAACCUGGACACUUAAUUAUUAUACUGUAAUUAAUUUUUAAAUUAUAAUUUUUCUAUUUUA